GGCACUGCACCUAUAAUGGGCACCCCGUGAAUAUAUUGAUAAAAUAACGUUACUGUGCUUUUAGUCACAAAAAAAAGUAGUGCGGGAAGUAACCUUGAAUCUUGGCUUGCCAUUCAUCUAAAUACCGCCCUCAGUUUGACUGUGAAUUUUGCCGUGUGUGGUUUGUUGUAAGCGGUUGUGAAUUUACGCGCCAAAAUAACCUCAAAUUAUUCGAUUUACUAAGAGGAUCACUAUGUCGUACAAGAAGUACUCUGAAGAUGUAAUCAAAUUAGCCAUACAAGAAGUAAGGGAAGGAAAUUCGAUAAAAUCAACGGCCAAGAAACAUAAUAUAUCACGUCCCACACUUCAACGGAGGUUAAGGACAGAUGUUUUUGUGGCAACACGCAUGGGUCCCCCCACUGUUUUUUCUCUCGAUCAGGAGCUAGUUUUUGUUCGCUGGAUCAAGGAGAUGGCUAACAAAGGUUUCCCAGUGACAAAAGACACAUUUAUGUUUAGCGUUGCUAAAACUGCAAAAGAAUUAAAUAUCACUUUUGGAGAUGGAAGCAGUGACCCUGGAAGGAAGUGGUAUGAAGGGUUUAUGAAGCGCCACCCUGACGUUUCCACUCGUACCAGUCAAAACUUAACAGUUCAGAGACGAGCAGCAACUCAGGCAGAAAUAGAAAAAUGGUUUCAGGAGGUUCAACAAUAUGUAAGUGACAAUAAUUUGAGAGAAGCAUUGGAAGAUCCAAAAAGAGUUUUCAAUUGUGACGAAACUGCAUUUUAUCUCAAUCCGAAGCCUGGAAAGGUUCUGGCCGCAAAGGGCUCUAAAUCUGUAUACACGGCAUCCGGUGGCGAUGAAAAAUUAAAUUUAACUGUGCUCCUUACAGCCAACGCAGCUGGAGAACUUGCUCCACCGAUGAUUGUGUAUAGGUAUGUAAGAUUACCGCUAAGAUGAUUUUUCUUUAUACCACUUGUGGCUUAAUGAAAAACAAUCUAACAUUCAGAAAUCUAGAGAAUGUAUGAUGGUUCAAAAUCCAGAACAGCAGGAGGAACUAAGGGGUCUUAGUGUUUCCCCAACUCAAGAUGAUCAGUUAGCGGGCCCUUCUACAGCACCAGAUUAUGCACCAGAUGCUUUGAUUGAUGCUGGUAUGACUCCGUCAACUCCUCCACCCAUUGGUCAUUCAUCUGGAUCCAAAGUAGACCCAAUGGUACCUUCUCCAUUUAAAAGAACUCUGUUUUGGCCUGGUGAGACUUCAGAAGAUAAAAAAAAACGAGCAAAAAAAGAAAAGCUGCCAGCGGUAGUUACUUCUCCUCAAAUGCUUGCCUAUUUUGCAAAAAAGGAUGAAGCUAAAAAAAGGUUAGAGGACGAGAAGCAAAGAAGAAAAUUAAUACGUGAAACCAAAAAGAAAGAAGCAGAAGAAAAGCGCAAAUUAAAACAAAAGGUUGUAGUACAUUCAUCUCCAUCUAGUUCUUCUUCUGAAUCAAUCAUUUAUGA